ACGUACGCGGGUGAGGAGGUUACGUGGUGGCGGUGGUGACGCAAUCACGCAGAGGCCCUGGCAGUCACGAGACGUCGUCAACACAAGAGGCCCCCCCACAGCCAGAGCCGGGCUCCUGUUAGCGCCCCCCCCACCUCACCGCCAGGCAGAAUGUCGGAGUUCUGGCUGAUUUCGGCCCCGGGCGACAAGACGUGCCAGCAGACAUGGGAGAAGCUGAAUUCCGAGACCACGCGCAACAACAGCCUCUCGGCCAACUUUAAGUUCCAGAUCCCAGACCUCAAGGUGGGCACCCUGGACGUUCUGGUGGGCCUCUCCGAUGAACUCGCCAAGCUGGACACCUUUGUGGAAACCGUGGUGAAGAAGGUUGCUCAGUACAUGGCCGAGGUGCUGGAAGACUCCCGUGACAAAGUGCAGGAAAACCUCCUCGCCAACGGAGUUGACCUCUUCACCUACGUGACACGCUUCCAGUGGGACAUGGCCAAGUACCCCAUCAAGCAAUCUCUCAAGAACAUAUCCGACAUAAUAGCCAAGGGCGUCUCUCAGAUUGACAAUGACCUCAAGUCUCGCGCGUCCGUGUACAACAACCUCAAGGGCAGCCUGCAGAGUCUUGAGAGGAAGAACACUGGCAGCCUGAUGACGCGUAGCCUGGCUGACAUCGUCCGUAAGGAGGACUUUGUCCUGGACUCGGAGUACCUCGUCACCCUGCUCGUCAUCGUGCCCAAGGCGGCGUACACCGAGUGGAACAAAGUGUACGAGACGCUGACGGACAUGGUGGUGCCACGCUCCACCAAGUUGAUCGUGGAAGACCAGGAGGGUGGUAUGUUCACGGUUACCCUAUUCCAGAAAGCUGUCGAUGACUUCAAGCACAAGGCGCGUGAAAGCAAGUUCACCGUGCGGGAGUUCCAGUACAACGAGGUGGAGCUGGCAGCCGACAAGGAGGAGAUCACGCGCCUCGCCUCCGACAAGAAAAAGCAGUUUGGUCCCUUGGUGAGGUGGCUCAAGGUGAACUUCUCGGAGGCGUUCAUCGCGUGGACGCACGUGAAGGCGCUGCGGGUGUUCGUGGAGUCUGUGCUCCGGUAUGGACUCCCAGUGAACUUCCAGGCCAUGCUGCUGCAUCCCAACAAGAAGAUGGUUCGCAAGCUGCGGGAAGUGCUCAACGGACUUUACAAGCACCUCGACAGCAGCGCCGCCGCCAUCAUCGAUGCGAGUAUGGACAUCCCUGGGCUGAACCUGAGUCAGCAGGAGUACUACCCAUACGUGUACUACAAGCUGGACCUCAACCUGCUCGACUACAAGUGAAUCCCUCCGCCUACUCCCUCGUCACUGCAGUGAGCCCCGCCCCGCGUCUCAAGCCUCUUCCCCCUCCCACUCCUCCGCCAGGGUUCGCAAACAGAUUUUGAUUCCGUACCCGUACCCGGCCGCACCAGUGUCGCAAACGGCUACCCGUACCCGUACCCGGCCGCACCAGGGUCGCAAACGGGUACCCGUACCCGGCCGGAUACGGGUAGCCGGGUAUCGGGUAGGGUACGGGUAUCGGGUACCCGAUUGUGACCUCUGUCCUCCCUCCCCCGUGGCUCCUGCAGCCACACGUGUAUUGCUGAGACUGCUCCUCACUGCACAUUCCCUCCCUAUAGGAGCAGAGACGUCCCCCCCCUCCCUCCAUGUCCAUUUCAGGCGGAUUCAGAAAGCAUGUCGCCAUCGCUUGACGGUAGGGUUGCCGUUAUGUGACACUACGGUGUUCCGUAAGACGCUACAAGGUCCGUAAUAAUUGUAUAGUCUGCUUUGCAUAUUGUCGUAUCGUGACUAUUGCUGAUUCUUCAUAGUUUAAUUUUGUAAACAUUUAUUUAUUAAGUAAUUGACGUGAUGAUUCAAGUUCAAAACGAAUAACUGUUGUCUAUUAAAUUGGUGCUUUGUAAAGUUUUUUUCUCGGAGUAAAUUGACGGCCAGGCAAUUACAUGACGCAUUGUUUCUAAUCACUUAAUUCUUGUGUGACUGACAGCAUGUGCGUUUACAGCAUUACAGAUUGUAAAGUUGCAAUGAUUAUAUGACUGACUUCGGGUAGGCUUACAGUUGAGCAAACUGCAGUUGACAAACUUUUACGUAAUCUCUUCUUUGUACUGCCAAGUACAGCAAAGCACGACAACAGUACAAUUGCAUUGCGGACAUACAAUUACAAAGUUUCGGGAAAACUGACAUUACGAUAAUCGUCAUAUCAUGAACCGUAAUGUGAAAAAGCCUUGUUGUGAAAAAUGAUAUCGCGGCAAACCCUACCAAGUAGCAUGCCUCCUUUAGAACACUCCUACUCCUGCCCCCCAUCCCCGAAUCAGCAGCACAACCCCUGUACCCAAAGCCCAACAUUCCGUCACAGUGGGCUCACUGUCUGUAAUGAUUAACACUGUAUUGCUGUGCUGCUGCUGCUGCUGUAGGUGUGUUGUAAUAAAUUGGCUUAGUUAUUGUCUCGUGCGUUCCAUGUCAGGGUCGUCUUCGUGACUAGUGUUGAUGUUUAAUAUCGGAGAAUUCAUCUGUGCGUUUUUUCCCCCCUACAGCUCAUUUCCCCGACCGACCAUGUCACUCGCUUGCCCUACCCUACCGAUGACGUAAGCGGCAGGCAGCAAAUUUGACCCACGUACCAAGUUUGAAAACAAACAUUAGGUAUAUAUAUAAAUGGAAUAUUUAAAUGAAAUGGUAUAUCUUGAAAAUCUGCGUGCAGUAAAAGUUUUUUUUUUUUUAAUGGGCAGCCUAUCGCUUAAAUCGGUAGCGUUAGAAAAGUUUGUCCGUGUUGGUUUCUUCAUCAGCGGUGCUGUUGGGAAAUUCGAUAAUCUCACUUUUCAUGUCCCAAUGAUUGCAUUUCAAUAAGUGACUCUGCGAAUUUAAGUGACUCCCAAGUGUCUUGUGCCGGGAUUAUUUCACAAGAAUUUAUGUGGAAACAAUUGUGUAAUUUUAACCUUGAAUGAAACGAUUGUAUUGUGGUCAAAAUAAAUAAUAAACAAAUAAA